AGCGACACAUGCUGGUCCAUCAGCACGCAGCUGGGCUUCACCAGCAGCAACUCACUGCUCUCAAUCCCAGCCUCAACUGCUCUGAGCCCAUCAAGGCGGGCCGCUCUCUGCGCGUUGAGCGCAAUGCCACCUUCGCUUUCACCGUCCCUCAGUGCUCGCGAUACAGCGUGCUCACACCGCAGGACACGUGCGAGCGCCUGCUGCGGCAGGUGGAGGGGAGUGGGGGCGACCCCACAGGGACUGCGGAGGUGAAUGCCAUGCGCUGGGCUGAGCUGUACCGCAACAAUCCCGGUCUCAUCUGCUCCGAUGUCAUCUCGACCACCGCCUCUGCUGUUGGAAGCAACACUGGCGUGCAGGUGUGUGGUGGAGGGCGGAAUGGACCAGGAAGGAUAGGGGGCAAGGGAUGGGAGAAAAGGGUGGUGGGAAAGCUGUGGAAUGAAGGGGUGUUUGAUGGGUGA